UUGCUUUCCUUUUUAGAUUCACCAUCAAGUUCUUCGCUACCAGUGGCAGAAGAUAUUCUGCUUGAUGUUUCAUCACCAUCGCCAUCAAAUCAUGUGUCCUGCACUGACAAAAUGGGCUUUGCUUACGUUGUCGAUCUAGGUACGGGUAUAGUGAUUGCGAGUUGGAAGGCUCAUUCGCUACCGUAUACCGACACUGGAUGUGAGGUAUGGACGUGCGCUCAAAAAGAUACCACCGUAUGCACAGGAGGUGAGGAUGCAACCCUCAAGGUUUGGGAUGCUCGUAGCCACAGCGUUGUCCAACGGUUCAGCGAAUUUGAAGCUGGCGUCACCUUCAGCGACUGGCAAGACGAUAACUUAAUUCUUACUGGCAGUUACGACCAACACAUCCGUUUGUUCGACAUGCGUAAUAGACGGGAAGCGAUCAAAAUUACGAAGACGGAUGGAGGAGUUUGGCAUAUCGAAAACUGUGAACGUGCGGGUACUCGACAUCAUCUCGCCUCAUGCAUGUACGGUGGCUGGGCCUUACUCGACCAGAAUCUUGACCAUAGUUAA